AUGUUCAGGCUCAUCAGCAAGCAAACGUUCAAGCCUAUGGGCGUUCACCACUACCACCCACGCAGGGUGAUCAGUACUCCUCCGAGACGCAACACCGACGAUGGUGGUCAUCGCGAUGAGAUCUGGUUCUGCUCCGUUCGUUACCUGGGAUCGCUUUUCCUAACUGAACAAGAGCGUUUCUACUAUGCAGUUGAAACUCGACCAUCUUGA